AUGGGCGAGGCGGAAGGUUACCUGCUUCAGCCGCAGCAGCCGCAGCAACCGCAGCAACAGCAACGAACCGGUCCUUCAAACGGCCAGCAGGGCCAGCAGCAGCAAUGGCAGCAAUGGCAGCAGCCGCAGGGCUACAACGACGGGAACCAAAACUGGAACAAUCAGCAGGGCCAGGGCUACGAGCAGACGGGUGCCUACCAGCAGCAGCAGUACCACUACGGCGCGCCUCCGCCCUACAGCUUCAACCCCCCCCAGGGCCCCGAUGAAAAGUACGGCUUCGAGCAGGCUUUCAAGAUUGAGAAGCCCAAGUGGAACGACAUCUGGGCCGGCAUUCUGUUCCUCCUCGUCUGCGCCGGCUUCGUCGCCGUGUCCGCCAUCGCCAUCCAAGGCUACUCGUCGAGCACGCACGGCAAGGGCAUCUACAACAGCACCAACACCUUCACCCUCAACAGCAACACGCUCAUCCUCUUCGCCUUCGUCCUCGUCAUCGCCUUUGUCUUCUCCUGGCUCUACGUCUGGGUCGCCCGCCUCCUGCCGAAGCAGUUCAUCUGGAUCACGGGCAUCCUGAACAUCAUCUGGACCCUCGGCACCGCCAUCUACUACCUCUACCAGAAGUACUGGUCCGCCGGCGUCGUCUUCCUCAUCUUCGCCCUCCUCACCGCCUUUGCUUUCUACACCUGGAUCCCGCGGAUCCCCUUCUCAGCCCUCAUGCUCAAGUCGACCAUCGACGUGAGCAAAAAGUACGGCCACGUCUACCUCGUGAGCCUCAUCGGCGGCCUGCUCGCCACCGCCUUCGCCGCUUGGUUCUCCAUCACCAUGGUCGCCAUCUACGUCAAGUACGAGCCCUCGAGCAGCAACCCCAACUGCGCCAACGGCGGCUGCAGCGACGCCAAGAUCAUCGGCCUCAUGGUCUUCAUCACCUUUGCGGGCUACUGGAUCUCCGAGUGGCUCAAGAACACCAUCCACACCAUCAUCUCGGGAGUCUAUGGUUCCUGGUACUUUUGCGUCCACAACUUCCCCCACGCCGCCACCCGCGGCGCCGCGAAGCGCGCCCUCACCUACAGCUUCGGCUCCAUCAGCUUCGGCAGUCUCCUCGUCGCCAUCAUCCAGUUCCUGCGCCAAAUCUGCUCCGUCGCGAGGCAGCAGGCCGUCGACGACGGCGGCAUCGGCGGCAUGAUCGGCUGCGUCAUCUUCUGCUUCCUCGGCUGCCUCCUCAGCUUGCUGGAGUGGGCCCUCCAGUUUCUGAACAGAUAUGCCUUCUGCCACAUUGCCCUCUACGGAAAGGCCUACAUCCCCGCUGCCAAGGAUACGUGGAAGAUGAUUAGGGAUCGCGGCAUCGACGCCCUCGUCAAUGAAUGCCUCAUCGGACCCGUGCUCUCCUUCGGUGCCAUGUUCAUCGGCGUCGCCUGCGCCCUCCUUGCCUACCUGUACCUGCUCCUCACCAACCCGGCCUACAACGUCGGCGGCGGCUACACGCCUGUCAUCAUGGCCUUUGCCUUCCUCAUCGGCUUCCAGAUCGCCCACGUCUUCACCACGCCGCUGUCGAGCGGCAUCGACUGCAUCUUUGUCGCCAUGGGCUGGGACCCCAACGUCAUGAUCAAGGACCACCCCGAGCUCUACCAGGAGAUGGUCCGCAUCUACCCCAAGAUCCAGCAGGCGAUCCAGGUGCGCUGA